AUGUCAGACUCCCCUCCCCAAAACACCCGUUCGUUCAACCCCAACGACAACCCUUGGAGCUACGACCGUUUCGACCCGACUGCUAACAUGGUCAACACCGAGGGGGCGGCCUCCUCAAGCCAUCACCGAUCCCGCAGCAGAGGAGUCUCGUCGGCGCAGGAUAGGCAGGUCCCGAAUCAAGAGGACACACCCGGCAACAAUCGUCGGAAUGUACCGAUCUAUACUGAGGACGAUGUCGACAGGUUCCUCCAAGCAAACCAGUUUCACGGGAAGACAGUCGGGCAGGUGGUUCAAAACCAAAUCUCAAGGAUGGCCUCAGCGGAGAAGCUCAAGCCAGACGGUUCGAAUUUCAGCACGUGGGAACUGUUCAUGCGCGAGCGAGUCCGUGAACUCUUCAGCGACCCUAAAAGGGUACACAAAGGCGUGCAAUGA